GGCAGGGCUGCGGUGGAAGCGAUGCGGUACAACGAAAGGGAGCUGCUGUCGCUCUCCCGGCAACCGGCCGAAAAGGCGGCAGAGGUUCUCAUGCGCGCCCCCAAGAAAGGAAGCGCCUUGAAGAAACGCCUGGUGAAGUUAGUGGUCAACUUUCUCUUUUACUUCCGAACAGACGAGGCUGAGCCCAUUGGUGCUUUAUUGUUGGAACACUGCAAGAUCAGCAAAGAAGAAGAAAAUGUCUUUUCCAUCAGCUUCCUUGAAGAGCCAGAGAGGAAAUACUACUUUGAAUGUGACACAGAAGAGCAGUGCCAGGAAUGGAUUGAGGUCCUUCGCAAGGCUAGUUACGAAUUCAUGAGAAGCAGCUUGAUCUUUUAUCGGAAUGAGAUCCAGAAGAUGACCGGGAAGGACCCCUUGGAGCAAUAUGGCAUCUCAGAGGAAGCCCGUUUCCAGCUGGGUGCGCGGAAACUUUAACCCACAUAAGGUGAACACAGGAACUCCCACCUGCUGAAUUGUCAACAGAGUAAAUUCUCUAUAUUUUUUUUAUGAACUGAAGGGAGGGGAAAGGGAAUCUGUUUCUUAAAAAAAA